AUGCUUGCAGGUGAACCAGUCGACGUGGUAGAUAAAUUUGUUUACCCGGCUGUGCAAGCUCUCGUGGACUGGCUGGAGAUGAGAUUAUUUAACAAAUCGGAAAGACCCUGGCAGCUUUUGACAACCUCCGACACCUAUGGCGCCGAAGUUACGUCAGCUUGUCUGUCAAGGGGAAGGUUUACACUGCGUUGUUGCGACCUAUACUGCUUUAUGGAUCAGAGACAUGGCCCAUACGCGCAGAGGAUAUACGGAAGAUAUCAGUGUUUGGUCAUCGGUGUCUCCGAAGCAUUGGUCGGGUCUGGUGGGAACAAUGGAUUAGUAAUGCUGAGGUACGCCAGAUGA